GGCGAAAAGCUGGUGCCCGGCGCAGUAGGAAGUGAUGAGGGGAAGUUUCUGUCUCCUUAAAUUAUCUGCGGAACGGUGGGUGUUUUCAUCCAUACAUUUCCUGAAAUCGUAGUUUUCCUAUCUGUUAAUGGCGGUUUGAGAGGCAUGUCUCUAAAAGUAUCGGGUUUAUCACCAUGAUGUCGUAAGAAGGCCUACUGCUGGUUUUGCUCUCUCUGGGGCAACCAAAGUGGGCGAAGGGAAGCCCGUCGUUGUUCCAGUGACUGCGUACAAUCUCUGACUCUAACCCCGAACGCCGCUAAAACUCAGCAGCAUCUGUGUUUUGUCCAUUCUCCUGCUAAACGGAAUGGCGACUUGAUUGCGGUCAUAUUCCUCCUCCAACCAGAUGCUCUGGUUUCCUUCCCCAAUCAAAAGACCUACUGGUUAAUAGCAUUACCUGUGUUGACAUGAAUUGAUUAUGUUACAGAUCAUCCAUAAUUCUUGCACCUAUUUCUUAUUCAUGAUGGAGAGUUGAAGUGUAUGGAGCAACGGGCACAGAGAGGGAGCGUGACUGGAAGGGGACUGCUUUAGAGCUGCAGUUAAGAAACAUGGGCCAGUGUGUCACCAAGUGUAAAAAUCCUCCUUCCUCACUGGGCAGUAAAACUGGAGAUAAAGAAUCUGGUAGCAAAUCCCACAUUAAGAAAUCUGCUGUCUCUGGUGAAGAAAUUAACUCAAUGUGUGCAAAAGCUUCUGGAGAUAUCCUUGCCAAUGGAACAAAGAAAACUGAUGUUGUUUUGGAAUCGACCCAGCCCCAACUUGCUCACUCUGGAGACAGUAAAAAAGAAGAAUCCUUUUCACAUCGUGAUGAGUUCUCACUAAAGAGAGCUGAAGAAUUGUUUAGCAAGUAUAAAGAUGCACAUGAGGAUGCCAUUUUAGAGGAAGGCAUGGAGUGGUUUUGCAAUGACCUUUCUGUGGAUCCUACUGAGUUCAUAGUAUUGUUGUUAGCGUGGAAAUUUCAAGCAGCGACUAUGUGCAAGUUUACCAGGAAAGAAUUUGUUGAUGGAUGUAAAGCAUUAAAUGCAGACAGUAUUGAAGGGAUCCGUGCCAGAUUCCCAAGCCUUAUGAAUGAAGCCAAAGUUGAGGACAAGUUCAAAGAUUUGUAUCGGUUUACAUUUCAAUUUGGACUAGACUCUGAGGAAGGCCAGCGAUCACUACGGAGGGAAAUAGCCGUUGCCCUCUGGAAACUGGUGUUCACACAGAACGUACCUUUCAUAUUGGACCAGUGGCUGAGCUUCUUAACUGAGAACCCGCCUGGAAUAAAGGGAAUCUCUCGAGACACGUGGAAUAUGUUCUUAAAUUUUAUUCAGGUGAUAGGUCCCGAUCUAACAAACUACAGCGAAGAUGAAGCUUGGCCAAGCCUAUUUGACACUUUUGUAGAGUGGGAAAUGGAAAGAAGAAGAAAAGAGGAUCUGGCUGAAGAAAAGUUGCGUUUAGUUCCAGAGGCUACAAAUGUGGAAAUGUCAGGACAAACUUCUACAGACUACCGCGUUACAGAUAAUUAGUGAGCAAUAACUGAACAUGAUCUGUGUAGUUUACUGCUCCUCAUCACCCUCAAUUGCCUUGUUGCUGAAAGGGCUCCAAGAUGCUGUAAUAAUUUAUAGGCACUUUUUAAGCAAUUGGGUAAUAACUUUUUUAAAAAUGCUUGUUCACAAAAGUAUGCAGUAAUUCACUAGUUGCCCUAAUAAAAGCAGCAUCAGUUUCAGCCUUUGAAUACUACUAUUAUGAAGUAGUCUGACAUCGUUAUUGCAGAGUUUUCUUUGCUUAUGGAAUCCUUGGUUUAAAAUGCUGAAUAGUGCCAGAGCUCACUUCUGCAAAUUGAAUGAGUAAGAGACUGCUGUGUGUAAUGCUGCUUGUUGCAGUGAAAAUAAUAUAAGAUAUGAGUCAGUAUUAACCAUUUACCAGUUUACUGAUGGACGAUUGGAGAAGCGUUGCUAUAUUCAAAGUGCUAGACUCUUGUCAGUUGAAGAGGCACUGUACUCUUUCAGUUUGUCUAGCUGGUAGUGUGUUAGCACUGUACUCUUGUACAUGGUGCAAGGUUCCAAGGUUUGCUUUCAUGUGUGGACUCAUCUCUGUGAAGUCUGUUUCUGUGUGUACACCUAAUAAACAUAUGGAUUAUUUUAACUCCUCCCCACCCCUCCCCCUCCUUCCCCCCCUGCCCCUGAUAAAGUGAUCUGGUUGUCGAUUUAAAAAAAACAUUGAUGUGUUUCAGCUUAUUAGGCUUAGAAUCAGUUGUUUCAAUUUAGAUAGUGCUACGCAUAUGAGGAGUGAUGAUAUUCACUAGUACUGGUUCUGUUUGGGGCCUCAGAAUGUGCAUUAAUGACCAUUGCACUUGCAGGUACCAUAAUGACCCCAUUGGCUUGCCUCAAUUACUAGUGAGUUCAAAGACCAACCUUUCGAAUAAAAUCAAAUCUAUGGCUGCCUUAACAUCGUACUGGAGGGAACAGCAUUGUUAACCCCAAUGUGUCAAGGUGGUUUGCUCUCAAAGCUCAUUGCACUAUUUUCAGAGUCUUGGCACAGGUUUAGCAUGGAAUAUUCAAGAAGCAAUAGGCAGCAGGACUUACAGAGGUGGGUUCAGUCCUGCAAAUACUGUUGCCUUAACUAAAAUCAGCUGAAAUGCGAUUUAUUUUCUUGAAUUUAUUACUGAACUACAGGUUUCUAUUUAAUCUAAAGAGUUUUUUUUAAAACCAUUGAGUCCAUUCACUUUUUGUGAACUGUCCACUUUAAUGUAUUUUUGUUACAAGAGACAUUUAUAGUUACUGAGUGACAUGUGGCAAGUGUACUUGUGUCCUAACAUGUCAGUUGCAUUCUCUCACCUUUUGUUUGGUGUGUUACAUCUGUCAAGUAUAUCUUACUGAUUUUUACAAAUACAUCAGAGGACUGGUUUCCACUUAGAAUUUCCUCUCCUUCCAAGUUCCUGCAGGACUUUGGAUCUUGUCUGUACUGUCCUUUUGGAUAACCAGUUCUUCCUACCUUGGAUUUUACACAAAACCAACAAACCUGAAUUUUCUGUGGCAGGAAUACAAAUUGACUUCUUAAAAUUCUGAUUAUAUAAUCUGUGCAUUUAGCUUGUGCUACAUGUAUAUUUUAUAGAAUACGUUUUGGUGCUUUCACUCUGGGCUGCAAUUCUGUGGUCUGUGGGAUUGUUGUGAGUCUUGUUGAUUUGUUUAGUUGUGUUAACAUACUUAAGACUUUUUGUUUUUUCCAUUUCUGAAAUCUACUCACUUUACAUCACUUAUAGAUAACUUACUGAAAUGAACAACAUUUUGCUAAUGGUGUGCUUCUACAAUACACUGUUCUGUUACCAUCAAUUGUACAUUUUAUGUAUUCAAAUAUUGUAUAAAUAAUGGAUUUAUUUAAAGUUGAAAUGCUUUGUAUGUUUUACGUACUGAUUAUUUUCCAAUUAAAAGAGUCGAUUGCA